UAUCGAUUGAAAUGUUUUUGGGUCUUUGCUCGGUCUGUUGCUAUACUUGAUGAGUUUUUGCUUUCCAAGCUCAUUCAAAUUAUCUUCAUUUACUCGAUUUCCCUGUAAAGCAUUACGUGUCUUUACGCCGUUACGUAUGCGGAAGCCACGGUUUUGAGAAGGAGCGACUCGGUAAACGGAGUCUGUGUCUGCUGGACUGAUCACUGCUCCGUUGUUAAAUAAAACUUCUCUUGACUGAAACACGACUGGGUGGUGGUCGGCUGAAGAGGGAGACGCGGGGGUUUGAAGGAGACAAUGAACGACGUCAAAAGAGACUGUACAAUGGGUGCAGGGGGGAUCCGUACGUCGGGUGAGCGGCAAAUGGCCCCCUCUGUGAACCACAACCAGCAUGACAGUGGAGCCGGCGACGAGCUUGUAAGCUCGGUGACACUUUACAAACGGAGACCCCGAAUCCUGCAUGGUACCGUGCUUCCGUUUCUAGCCUUUCUCUACCCCUGCUGGCUGUAUGUGUGGUUAGGAGUGUACGGAGCUUCCGAGUAUCCGGAGGCAGGCCUCCUGGCUUUAGCUGCGAUCGGGAUCGCGCACGUCCUCACAGCACUCUCCGGUUAUUGGUCCGUCCACGCGCACUGUUGGCUCACUUGCUCCAAGGAACCUGACCCGAAUAAGGCCACCCUUGCGAAGGUGAUACCUACCCCUAAUAAUGGUUCUGCUGAACUUGUGUCUCUUCAAAGAGACGAGGAUGAGAAUGGGGAGAAAAUUCUCUCUUUUGAGUUCCAAAAGAUCCGCUACACAUUUGACCAUAAAGAAAAGAAGUGCUUCGUUCCAAUCGCGUUUCCCACCGACCAUCCAAUGAGCUAUUUCCAGGGAUGUCGUGGCUACCAAGAUGAGGUCGAACUUAGAGCAGCUGAAAAGCGCUUUGGCACAAACCGUGCUGAGAUGGUGGUUCCAGAUUUUUUGGACCUAUUUAAAGAGAGGGCUACUGCUCCAUUUUUUGUAUUCCAGGUUUUCUGCGUGGGGUUGUGGUGUUUGGAUGAGUACUGGUACUACAGUGUUUUUACACUUUUCAUGCUUGUGGCAUUCGAAGCAUCAUUGGUCCAGCAGCAGAUGAGGAAUAUGUCUGAGAUUCGUCGGAUGGGAAACAAGCCUUACAUGAUCCAAGUGUAUCGAAACCGAAAGUGGAGACCAAUAUCAAGCGAUGAACUGGUGCCUGGGGAUAUUGUGUCAAUUGGGCGGUCACCCCAAGACAACUUGGUACCCUGUGACAUGCUGCUACUCAGGGGUCGUUGCAUUGUGGAUGAAGCUAUGCUGACAGGAGAGUCAGUCCCUCAAAUGAAGGAGCCAGUGGAAGACUUGGAUCCAGAGCAAGAGCUCGACCUUCAGACAGACUCUAGGCUUCAUGUUAUCUCUGGAGGCACAAAAGUGGUCCAGCACACCCCACCACCGAAGACCAGUUCAGGGCUAAAACCUGUCGACAAUGGCUGCGUGGCUUAUGUGCUGCGAACGGGCUUUUACACUUCUCAGGGCAAACUGCUGAGGACCAUUCUCUUCGGUGUAAAGAGAGUGACGGCAAACAACCUGGAGACUUUCAUCUUCAUUCUCUUCCUUCUUGUGUUUGCCAUUGCUGCAGCAGUUUACGUGUGGGUGGAAGGGACAAAAGAUGUCAGUAGGAACAGGUACAAGCUGUUUCUGGAGUGCACCCUGAUCCUCACCUCAGUGGUUCCACCUGAGCUCCCCAUUGAGCUUUCCCUUGCAGUGAACACGUCACUUAUCGCCCUGGCCAAACUAUAUGUGUUUUGUACAGAGCCGUUUAGAAUCCCUUUUGCUGGGAAAGUAGAGGUUUGCUGCUUUGACAAAACAGGCACUCUGACUAGUGACAGCCUUGUGGUGCGAGGAGUUGCUGGACUCAGAGAGGGGAAAGAGGUCAUGCCUGUGUCCGAUAUCCCAGUGGAGACGCAUCGAGUGGUGGCCACUUGUCAUUCCCUGGUCACACUUGAUGACGGACAGUUAGUUGGAGACCCACUGGAGAAGGCCAUGUUGACUGCAGCUGAUUGGACUCUCACUAAAGAUGAGAAGGUUUUCCCACGUGGCAUUAAAACACAGGGACUUAAGAUCCACCAGCGUUUCCACUUCGCCAGUGCUUUAAAAAGAAUGUCAGUACUGGCCUCCUUUGAGAAACUGGGAUCGACUGAACUUUGCUACAUCUCCACUGUGAAGGGAGCCCCAGAGACCCUGAGAGAAAUGUUUUCAGAGUGUCCACCAAGCUAUGAUGAAGUCCACAAGGAAAUGUCUAGAGAAGGUGCCCGAGUUCUGGCCUUGGGUUACAAAGAAAUAGGUCAUCUCAGUCAUCAACAGGUUCGAGAGAUGAGCCGCAGCUCUCUGGAGUGUGGCUUGACAUUUGCCGGGUUUAUGGUUGUGUCUUGCCCUCUGAAAAGCGACAGCAAGGCUGUGAUUAAGGAAAUCCAAGACGCAUCCCAUCAUGUGGUGAUGAUAACUGGUGAUAACCCCUUAACAGCGUGCCAUGUGGCCAGAGAGCUUCAUUUCAUCCAAAAGAAGCACACCCUUGUAUUUCAGCAAAACUCAAGUGAAUGGCACUGGGAGUCCAUUGAUGGCACAGUCAACAUCCCAAACCCUCCUCCAUCUUUUUCGACAUUUGUGCAGAAGUUUGACCUUUGUGUGACCGGGGAGGGGCUGGCUAAACUAUGCUGUGAUCCGAGACUUCUACACGCACUCCUCCCGCACGUUAAAGUAUUUGCUCGUGUCAGUCCAAAACAAAAGGAAUUUGUUAUCACCAGUCUUAAAGGAUUGGGAUAUGUAACUUUGAUGUGUGGAGAUGGCACAAAUGAUGUUGGAGCGCUCAAACACGCCCACAUAGGUGUUGCUUUGUUAGCCAAUGCACCAGAGCGCAUGCCUGAGAGAAAGAAGCGGUCAAAAGAGAAGGAGACCUCUGCGGCUGAAUCCAAACCACCAUUACCUGCCAAUUCUGGUAACAAAAUAAGCUCCAGAGGAGCCAGACAGAGAGUGAUGGCCCAAAGAGAAGAGCAACUCGCUGCUCAGAAGGAAAGGAUCAAUCAGGUGUUGAGAGAACUUGAGGAAGAUCAAGUGCAAAUAGUGAAGCUAGGCGACGCCUCCAUCGCUGCUCCCUUCACGUCGAAGCUCUCCUCAAUACAGUGCAUCUGUCAUGUAAUAAAGCAAGGUCGCUGCACUCUGGUAACAACGCUACAGAUGUUCAAGAUCCUUGCUCUCAAUGCCCUUGUGCUAGCCUAUAGCCAGUCUGUCCUUUACCUCGAAGGGGUAAAGUUUAGCGACUUUCAGGCGACUCUGCAGGGCCUGCUGUUAGCUGGAUGCUUUCUCUUCAUCUCUAGGUCAAAGCCACUUAAAACUCUGUCCCGGGAGAGGCCUUUGCCAAACAUCUUCAACCUUUACACAGUGUUAACUGUGCUGCUGCAGUUUGCUGUCCAUUUCUGUAGCCUGGUUUACCUUUACAAAGAGGCACAAACCAGAAGCCCGCCACGUGAGGAGACGUUUGUUGACCUCUACAAAGAAUUUGAACCCAGUCUAAUUAACAGCACUGUAUACAUCAUGUCCAUGGCUAUGCAGAUGGCAACGUUUGCCAUUAAUUACAAGGGUCACCCGUUUAUGGAGUCUCUCAGUGAGAAUCGCCCAUUACUAUGGAGCAUUGCGUUGUCUGCUUUGGCGAUCGUAGCCCUCCUCACUGGUUCAUCACCAGAGUUCAACGACCAGUUCUCUCUGGUGGAUAUCCCAACUGAGUUUAAAUUGAUCAUCGCCCAGGUUCUGAUUGUGGACUUUGUCGCCGCCCUGCUGGUCGACCGUGUGUUGCAAUAUCUGCUUGGCAAAGGAACUCUCAGGGUGCCUUCUUGAACUGUGUGCCAUCAACUGAAGCCCUUAUUCAUCCAUUCCUAAAGGGAGCAAACACUCUGGAGAAAUAAAAUAGUUGACUCGUGAGACAGUUGACAUAGUCAUGGUUUGUUGUACUGUAAUCUCCACAGAUCCUCCUUCUGCUUUUUCCAUCCCAUAUUCUGCCCUAUUUAUGUUUACUUUGUUUGGAUACUAACAACUGCUUUCUUAUCUAAAUGUUUCUUUUUAAACUGGUUUCCUGCUGCUUCAUGGGGCAAAUGACCACAGCAGUAUUGUGUGGCGUGCAAGACUGGUGGCCAGCCAGAUAUUUAUAAAGAAAGCAUUCUCCAAGAGAAUUGAGAUGUUUUGGUUUCUUUUAACUACUUUCAGUGAUUUUGUAAAAAGUAAA